AUGGCCAAGCGGUCCUGGGCCGUCUCUCAGCCCCUCGGUCGUGCCACCAGCCUGCACGAGGUGCACCCAUCCCUCAUCUCCCACCUGGAAAACCAACCCAAGUCUCCCGGCUCCGCUGGCCCAGGGGAGGGGACGCGGCCGCAGGUGUCUGCUGCGCCGGGGGCCGGCCUGGCAGCCCCGCCCCGCCCCUCCUCGCCCCUCCCCUCCUGGGCGGUGGACGCGCUGGCCACGCCUCCUCUGGAGGCUCCCUGGCGGCUGCGCCUGCGCAGAGCCCUGAGCCCGGCUGCGGGAGAAAAGGGAGCCAUGGCCAACGCCCCUCAGAGAUGCCGGCUCUCAGGACAGUGGGGCAGGCCGAGGUCGAGUCCUGGGACCCAGCGCCAGGCAGCUCUGCCCCUCUGCGCCAUGCCGGGUGCCUCCCAGCCUCAGCCGCCGCAUUCCGUGCACCAUGGGCCCUCCCCACCCGCAUGCUCCAGGGGUCCCUGGCGGGUGACUCCGCCGGCCCAGCACCGGGCUGCCACCCUGUCUGGUGGAGCUUGGCUCGCGCUGUGGCCUGGGCCGCGGACACUGGAGGGGGGCAGUGGGGAAGGGCAGGCCCAGGAGAAGCCCGCGCGUCUGCCCUUCCUUCUCAGGGUUGUCCCCAAGCUGAGGCCUGGAGCGGCCCCGAGGAAGGCAGCUCAGGGGAAAGGCCACCCUGGGGCGGAAGCUGCCUCGGGGACCAACGGGGUGCUGAGGGAGGGUCGCUCGCUCAGGGGGAUCAAGGUCCCCAGGCCCCCAGACCCCCAGGCUGGGCUGCCCCGGCUCACUCCCACAGAUGGCAAGACCCCGACGGGGCACCAGGCACGUUUCCCCGAGGGGCCCCCGGGGGUCUCAGGGGCCAUGGGGGUAGAGGGUGGCAGAGGGGAGGCCACCACGCCACCGUCGUCAAAGCAAACAGAGCAGCGGGAUAAGGGGCCCCGGAACGGCCUGGCGGCUCCGAUUCCCGGGAACCCCACCCCCUGCCCGAGCAGAGACAAAGCCCCGACCACAAAGCCAGGAGAUGGAUGA